AUGGCCGAGCCUCAAAAACCCAUUGAUAUUGUGGUUCUUAAAAAACUUUCGGAGGUGGUCAAUGUCGUUCCUGUUAUUGCCAAAUCUGACUCUUUGACUAUGGAGGAGCGCGUGGCCUUCAAACGAAGGUCUGAAUUGGCUUUUCAUAAUAUCAAAUUAUAUCCUUACGAUAGUGAUGAACUUGAUGAUCACGAACGAGCUCUCAAUGACAGUAUUAAGCAAAUGAUUCCCUUCGCAAUUGUGGGAUCUGAAAAAAAUGUUGUCAUUGACGGCAAGUCCGUCCGUGGUCGAAGAAACAGAUGGGGUGUUAUCAAUGGUAUGUUGUUUGUUUGUUUUUCUACGAUUAAAUAUUUACUAAAUAACUUUUACCAAAUAACUUUUUUAUAUUUAGUCGAAAACGAACAACAUUGUGAAUUCGUCCACCUUAGAGAUUUUCUUACUAG